AUGGCGUGCGCUCUCUCAACCAGCCUACACCACCAAAGCGAUCACAGCAAUCGACUUCGCGGCUGUUCUCCAUCACAAGGAUACGCACUGUCUGUUGCUCACUGCCAGAGUUGCCAACAAGCAAUUUUGACGAGCAACUUGACUUGCUUGUUGGUAACUCUGCUCACUGCUCAAUGGAAAGCUGCCAUGUCUAGCGACAACCAGAUCAAUGCUAGGCUUCAAGCUGCCCGCGAUGGCGCUCUCAUCGUCAAAUACAUGCGCUAG